ACUAUUCCUUCUUCAGUUGGGAACAUGAGCAGCUUAUUGGACCUAUGGUUGUUUGACAACGAACUUGAAGGUUCCAUUCCCGAUUCAAUCGGAAGGUUGGGCAAUUUAACCAGAUUAGCUCUUUAUGAGAACAAACUCUCUGGCCAUAUUCCUUCCACCAUAGGCAACUUGAGUAAGCUUGAGCUGUUAUACUUGUACCAGAAUCAGCUUAGUGGCCCAUUUCCAAGAGAAAUUGGGAAACUCGAAUCACUCACUGAUUUAGCUCUUUUUAGGAACAAGCUCUCUGGCCAUAUUCCUUUAACCAUAGGCAACUUGAGUGAGCUUAAGUUGUUACGAUUGUGCGAGAAUCAACUUAGUGGCUCAAUUCCGAGAGAAAUCGGAAAACUUGAAUCACUCAUUGAUUUAAGGUUGUUCAGCAACAUCUUCAGUGGUGUUCUUCCUAUUGAGAUGAACAAUCUCACAAAGCUAAUGAAUCUGCAGAUAUAUAAUAAUAGCUUCGUUGGCAACCUACCUCCCGAUGUAUGCCGGGGUGGUGUGCUUGUAAAUAUUUCUGUGGCUUCUAACUUCUUCACUGGGCCCAUUCCACGAAGCCAAAAGAAUUGCUCAACUCUAUUUAGAGUCACGCUCAACCACAACCAACUCACUGGAGACAUAUCGGAUGCGCUUGGCACAUACCCGAAUCUAAAUUAUCUUGAUUUGAGUUAUAAUGAGCUCCACGGAAUGCUCCCUGCAAAAAUUGGGCAAUACAACAAUUUGACCCUCUUGAGAAUCUCCAACAACAAAAUCUCUGGGGCGUUACCGUCGGAGGUUGGAAACAUGAAGAAACUUAACGUCCUUGAUCUCUCAAAAAAUCAUCUUUCUAGGGGAAUAACAAAAGGCCUUGCAAAACUGGAUGCACUUUUUGAACUUUCAUUGGAAAAUAACGAACUCAUGGGGAGCAUUCCUCCUGAGAUUGGGAUGAUUUUGACUUUGAGAAACCUUAGCCUCUCUAAGAACAGACUAGUGGGCCCCAUCCCUAAGCAACUUGGGAACUGUAUUGACAUGUUAUCCUUGAAUUUAAGUGGCAAUGAAUUGCAUGAUAGUAUUCCCGUCGAGAUAGGGAGACUACGAUCUCUAGAAAGCCUCGAUCAGUUUGGGCGGUUGCAAAGUUUAGAGACCCUAAACCUCUCACACAACAAUCUCUCUAGUGAGAUUCCAUCCACUUUCAAUGCUAUGGCAGGCUUGAGUACAGUUGAUGUCUCCUACAACCAGUUGGAGGGACCGAUACCUAAUAGUACAGCCUUCCAUAAUGCCUCAAUUGAUGUUGUGAGAGGUAAUAAAGGCUUAUGCGGAGAAAUUGUGGGUCUUAAGCCACGUCCUUUGAAGAUUCAAGCUAACAGUCACAGUGGAAAGGGAGAUCGAAAGUGGUUGGUGAUUUUGCUUCCUAUAAUUGCUCUUUUGCUUCUUUUUAUGGUCAUUUUUGGAUUUUGGUACGCUAUGAUUCGUCGGACCAAAAGAAAUGCAAAGGACCAAUUGGUAUCUACCAAUGAGAAUUUGUUUGCAAUAUGGAGCUAUGACGGAGUAAUAAUAUACGAGAACAUCAUCAAAGCCACGGAGGGAUUCGACUCAAAGUAUUGCAUUGGGUCUGGAGCAUACGGCAGUGUUUACAAGGCAAGGCUGUCAAGCAACCAGAUUGUUGCUGUGAAGAAAUUCCAUGUUUUGCCAGACGGAGACAUAGUUGGCACUACUAAGAUAUCACGACAAAAGGCUUUUAGGAGUGAAAUCCGUGCUUUGACAAAGAUCCGACACCGUAACAUUGUCAAACUCUACGGAUUUUGCUCAACGCCCAGGCACUCGUUUCUUGUGUACGAGUACUUGGAAGCUGGGAGCCUGGAAAGUUUAUUGAGCGACCAUGAGACUAUGGCAGGAAUCGGGUGGCUCGAGCGGGGAAAUGUGGUGAGAGGAGUGGCAGAUGCACUGUGUUACCUGCACCAUGAUUGUUCUCCGCCCAUAAUUCAUCGCGACAUUUCCAGCAAAAAUAUACUUCUAGACGCGGAAUACGAAGCCCAUGUCUCGGACUUCGGGACAGCAAGAUUUGUUAAACCGGAUUCCUUGAACUGGACUUCAUUUGCCGGCACAUUUGGAUAUGCCGCCCCAGAGCUCGCGUACACCAUGGAGAUAAAUGAGAAGAGCGAUGUCUAUAGCUUUGGAGUUGUAACCCUUGAGUUAUUCAUGGGAAGACAUCCGAGGGAUCUCAUAUCAUCCAUUCCGAGUCUCUGUGAUGUGCAGCUCAAGGAUAUACUGGACCAGCGUAUUCCAUAUCCCAAAGAUGAAACUAUGGCCGAUUUGAUUUGUGUGCUAGAUAUAGCAUUUUCAUGCUUAAGUUACAGACCGGAGUCCCGUCCCAGUAUGAAGCAAGUUUCUCAAGGUUUAUCCGCUCGAAGAUCCAACGUGCCUGAUUAUCCUUUGGAGAUCAAACUUGGAGAACUGUUCAAUUUGAGAGGCUUGGUUUCGUGAAAGGUUCCUCUUUUGCCCAUUCAGUUUCCCUAUAUUUAAAGAAUAUAUGUACAUAGUAUACCUUCAUUACGUUGGGAAGCAUGCUUGAUUAUUGUCUUGUUAUUACCUUUAAUUACUGUGCUUUCAAGAAGAUAGCAUUUCCAUGCUUAUGCUGCAGUCUAAUUACACAUCCGAAUUUGAAGAAGUUUCUUGAAGUCUAUAUGCUCGAAGAUCCACCAUGGCAGAGUGAUUCUCGGAGAUCAAACUAGGAGUAGCUCAUUUGAGGGACUUGAUUUUGUGAAACUUUGAUCUUGUAUAUCGUUUCUUUGUUACUUAAUUAACGAUAGAACCCAUCCCGCGUGUGCAUGGAUCUUGUAGAUCUUUGGUACUGUUUUUUCCUCACUUCCUCGUUCGGAUUGUCAUGCUAGUGAUUAUAAUGUACCGGUAGGCAUAUAUACAACAUCGAUAUACAUAUCUUCUGCUGCAUUUCAUGACAUUUUCAGAAGCGGAGUUGGUUAAAUCUUUUGUCGGAAUUUCUAUGCUUGAAUGGUAAUGAGACUGAGAUCCUAUGGAUCUCAUAUUUGAAUUCUCCGUACUGGAUUUACUUCAUACUCGGUGGGGCUAGGAUUCAAAACACGAAUGCUUACAAACAGAACGAAACCGUCCUGUUGCCCCUAUAUUUAGCAAAUCCAUGAAAUUUACAUUU